CCGUCUCAGCCUACAAAGAAACCCAAGCAACAACAACAACCCCCACAAUCGCAUACAUCACCCCACCCACACCCGCCCUCACGCCCCCAUUAGGCCCACAAUCAGCGUCUCCAACCUGACAAUACUCCGUCCGACUCAACGUCAAAGGACACACCUUGCCCUCACCACUCGCAGUGACGAGCACGGUCCCUUUGCUCGUCUUGAUGUUGUUGGCGCAGCAGGAGAAGUCGGACCAUUGGACUAUGCAGUCGAUGUUGGGUGGUGGGCCCGGGUCUUGGGGGAGCGGGUCGUUGGGGGAGGUGUGUUGUUGCGGGAGGGGCCGGGGGGCGGGGGAGGCGGAACUUGGGUUGAGCAGCGUGAGGAGGAGGGCGAGGAGGAGGAGGAGGACGGUGGGGGAUGGUGGGAUGAGUGUUACUGGAUGGCGCAUCUUGACUGUCGUUUCGGUUAUGUGUAUUGAUUCUUUUCGAAGAAUGUCAGAAUGUGAUAUUGGUGGUAGUGCUUGGAGUUGCUCCUUUGGUCAACUAUGUUCUCAAUGUUGCCGAUAUGCUAGGUUUGACGAAGUGUUCUCUUUGUUGUGUGCUCGAUCCCGAACACUUCCAAUGCCAAUCUUGGCCGAGAUGGGAGAACGACGACGAUGCCGCUUUACCUUUCUUUACCCACCCAAGAACACUUUCGGGUGUCAGUUCCACCUCCUCGCCCGCGCCUCCGAAUCCCUGCGAAGUGCUUUGUGCGCGCAUUGGCCGUUUUGCUCUGCAAAAAGAGCGGGACGAGGGCAGGCAUCCACCAAGGGCCAUAUCGAUAUCUCCUGGAUUCUGCGCAUGGGCCAUGCGGAUGAGGCUUGUCCCUUGGCCCACGCUCAAAUAACAUCAUAUACCGCAAGCGCUCAACCAACCCUCUUUUUUCUGACGGUCACCGCAGUUACGCCGUUAUGCGAGAACCAGCCUCAGAAGGGUUCGCCAACCCUUCCCGCGCGCGGGCUGGUUCCUCCGUUUUCUCCCUGCCCGUCCUUGCAAACGAACGAUGGACGACGGACGACUUGAGGAACGUGCCAUGGUCUGGACUCUUGAGGGGUUCAACAAGCAUCUAUCUUGAUUGUUCCCUGCGCUGAAAGCUAUCGAGAUUUUGGAGAAUCCC